GUGAGCAAAAAUGGAGACAAGAAGUAGUGAUAAAUUGUUUAUACUGAACUACUACGAACAACAAAUUGUCGGUGCAAAAUUGCCGAGUAACGGACAAGUGUUACGAGUUCUUUUCUAUAAUAUGAGAAAAGUAAAGCUGGACCUUAAAACAAGUGCUACUCUAGUUAUAAAAGAAACUGAAAUAUUUUGGGAGAAAGCACGAAUACCAGUGAAGAAGACGUCGGAUAGCAUUGACAAGUUGAAGUCUCUUUAUCAGAAAUGGAGAACAUUAUAUAAAUCUGUCAAUCGUCGAACUGCAAUCCAAAUACAGCGGGAACAAGAAUUCAAAGAUUCGUUGGACGAUUUAUUUGACAUCGCACAUGCGAAUGCUUUAGAAAUGAUAAAAAUCGAAGAAGAUAAAUUAUUUCUAUUGAAACAGAGGGAAAAAGGGCGAGUUGGACUAAUGGGUGCCAGUGAUCGUGCUUUAGCAGAAAAAGAAAAGCGGAAAACUCUUCGAGAAGAACGGACGAAAACACUACAAGAACAAGGUCAACAAUCACUUGUACAAGAAACAGUGCAGCUACAAUCUUCGUCGUCAUCCAGCGACGAUAUGACAAUGAAUGUACCGUUAGGUUCGGGCAUUGGAGAUUUUCCGUUAGGUUCGAGCAUUGGGAAUGUUCCUGAGGGGUUGCAGGUAUCCAGUGACUCAGAAGUUGAAGGUGAUUCGAAUAUACCUGGGCCGAGUGACCGAAAAAGAAGAGGAAAAGUCCAAGUAUUUUCUUCAAAAUCACGCCAAACAUCUGCGGGAAAUGUUCGGAGAAAUUAAUCUCAGGGGGAUAACUGUACAUUGGGAUGGCGCGAUGUUGCCUACUUUGGACAAGAAAACUGUGGAGCGACUUCCAGUGGUAAUUUCGUGCAACGGUGUACGAAAAUGAUUGGGGAUACCUGCGAUUCCUUCCAGUAGUGGAAGCGAUCAGGCCUUGGCGAUAUUUGCAACCUUAGAAGAAUGGAAUUUAACGGACCACGUAGAAGCUUUACGCUGUGACACGACUUCGUCAAAUACGGGACGAUUACAGGGCGCAUGUGUGUUGCUAAAAUAAAGAAUUGAAAGAGAUCUUUUGUAUUUUCCUUGUCGCCAUCACGUAUACGAAAUUGUGUUGCGUGGGGCCUUUAAACUAAAAAUGCCGAAAACAACAGGCUCGAAUAUUCAACUUUUUAAAAAAUUUCAAAA